AAUAUAAAGUGCGCAUCUUAUUAAAAUUAUUUUUGAUUGACCAUUUGUGAAAUAUUUACUAUGCUGUAGGAAUAGGAUUACCAAAUCUGUAGGAUUUUAAAAUGGCACGCUGUAUUCAGAAAAAGCAAACAAAAGGAAGUUGGGUUCUUAUUAUCUGCGUGUUUGCGUCUUCAGUCUAUGUCGUGCUUAAAAUGGAUGAAGUUAUGUAUACAAAGCCCUUUUCAUCGAUUAGACUUUUGGGACGCAAAAUGUCAGUGAUAGAAGAUAGACACAUCAGAGAUCGAGUUUAUAAUAAUUCAACUUCAAGUACAGGUGGUUCAAAUAUAAAUAACAUGUUUUCGAACACCACAGACAAAAGCAAGCAGAAUGCUUUUCCGUUGAAUAUUAGUGUUGCAAAUAGUGAUAGCGUACAAUUCAAUAAAAGUGCCAUUACGGUUGGCAUUUUAGUACCAUCUUCAACGAAAAGAAUUAAAAAUCCACUUCUAGAACAAUUAAGUUUAGUAAAGAUUUGCAUACCGUCUAUAUACAAAACUAUAGAAGAGGAAUAUACCUACAUUAUAUAUGUUGGAAUUGAUAAAGGUGAUUAUUUAGAGACGGUUAAAGAUAAACUGGAAACAACGUUUGACAAAGUUAAAACUGUUGUGACCCGUGGUGGAACAUUUACAAGAACUGUCAAUGCAAUAGCACGAGAAGCUUAUCAAGACGGCAUGGAUUAUUUAGUUCGUAUUAACGAUGAUAGUUCAUUUGAAACUCGGAACUGGACGUCAGUAGGAAUUUCAUCCCUACUACACUACACUCCGCUAAACGUAGGUGUCGUUGGGCCCACAUGUCAUGAAGGAAACACUCAUAUAUUGACACACGAUAUGGUUCAUCGUACACAUUUAGAAAUUUUCGAUUUUUAUUAUCCUCCUUAUUUCGACAACUGGUGGGCUGACGACUGGAUCACAGAGGUUUACAAACCAGUAAGAUCAACAAAAUUAUCCACAUGGAUUGUCAAACAUUUAAAAACUCACGGCAGUAGAUACAUUGUUGACCAUAAGAAAAAAGGUCGACUUGCGAAAACUUUAACGUUUGAUAAAGAAAGAUUAACAGAAUAUCUUUCAAACUUAGACUAAUCAACGAGGGUAUUCUUCGUUCUACUGUAAGUCCUCAGUUCGCCCGUAGAAAGCUUUAUACGAUAACUGUCUCCAUCACGAAUAUGAAAGUAAUAGUCAUGAAUGUUUUACUUCAAAAUUUCAGGAAAUAUUAUGAAGUAUACACAAGAAUGGCAAAAAGAUAAAAAAAUUCACUAGUUAUAAUUAGUUAACGUGUCAGCCCGUAGAAAUGCUGUUCAUCUACAUCCAGAUUCAUUCAUUAAAAAAAGGUUGUUCAUAAGAGUUGUUCAGGAAGUUCGUGGUAUUUCACUGUGAAAUGAGAUUUUUGGAACUUCGUCAAAUCGUCAGGUCCGAUUUGAUGUUGUCUGAAAGUGUCAGUAUAUGCCUCGGAUGUCAGAUAUUUCCGUAUUUGAGAGCUGCAGAGCUAGACAUUAAGACAUCUAGAAAUAUUUUCAAAAUGAAUUUCGUGUAAUAAAUGUUGUUUCGACGAAAGCGUGAAAGGGCCAUCAGACGCUAAUACAUUUUAUUACGUUACGGCCGCGGAAAGGUUAUUUAGUUUUGUAUCAGGUGUGAAAAUAUACAUUAAGUACAACACAUGUAGCUUAGAGUAUGUUCUUUUUUUUAGAAAUGCCUGCAAGGCAGAUACUCAGGGGAACUGCAUACUUCAAAUAGGAAGUCUGCAGUAUCAGAGAAAACUGUUUACAAGUGGAUACGUAAAUUUAAAAAUGGCCAGGCAGUCCUUAAAGAAAGAUCUCGUGCUGGCAGGCCCAGAACAGCAGUGACGUCAAAGAACACUGCUGCUAUAAGAGGUGCGAUUAAUAAAGAAAUCAGUCACACGGUGUCCAAGAUAAACGGGGAGAACUCACGAGAUUCUCCUCAAUCAUUUGAGUUCAAUAAAGAUUCGUGCCCGAUGGGUGCUAAUAGGGUCGAAUGUGCUAAAGAAAUGUUGAAAAAGUUCUCAGAUUUAGAUGAUCUCACAAUGUCACAGAUUCUAACCACAGACGAUUGAUAAACCAUGUUAUGAUUUCCACACAAAGUCAGUUCGUGUUAAAAUGCUGAAAUAUACUCACAGUUGACAGGCGUGGUGGAGCCUCAGUUGUUUGUGCUCCUUAACAGGAGACGAGGCCUGGAUUUAUUUUUGUGCCACAACAUCGCAUAGACAACAGUGGCUGCAAAAAGUGUCAAAAAGGUUUCGUGUUCCAUCUUCUUUAGCUCAAGGGGCACUGACACCGUAAAGACAGUUAAACAAUGGAAUGUUUUAUAACAACAAUGUACUGAAAGCUGUUAAACAAACAAAAAAUGCGUCCAAGGACUAGUCCAUCGUGGUCUCCAGUUGAUCCAUGAAACGCCGCGGCUAACAAAAAUACCAUCGUUCAAAAGUUUCUGAAAGAUGAAAAAUUGUACAAAUCAAUCAUCCCACGUAUUCACCAGAUCUAAGUCCUUGUGACUUUUUCAUAUUUCCAAAGCUGUAAAAGAUGCAAUAUUUAUCGAAGUGGUAUUUUUCAGUAAGUCAAGAAAAUACCAAGGGGAGACUACUCUGCAGCGUUCAUGUUGGAUUUCUCGACUGCGGAAGUGCAGGGGAGUCAAGGACGAAUACUUUGAAGGGAUAAACUAUAUUUGAAGUCUGUUCACAGACUGUGUAUCAUAUUCCAGCAAGAUUGUCAUUAUUUUUAGAAUGGCCCUCAUAUUGAGCAAACAACUUCAUUUACCUUUAAAACAGAGAUUGGAUAUAUAUUACUUCAUCAAUGAACACGUUUUCAAAAAUCCGUGUAUAUCAACCGCUUUUGUUCCGCCACAUAUGGAGUUCAAAUUAAUCAGCCACGUAUCUGAUAUAAAACAUAUUUUACAUUUUCAGGUAUUAUACAAUCAUGUGUUUUAUUUAAUGGCACAACAGAUAAUUCAAAGAAACUAUUGUUUAAUUAGGGAAUCAUAUUUCAAUAUAGAGUAAACUUUAUUUUUCAAAAAUUGUUCACAUAAGUUGACAACAGCUAUUAUAAUGAAAAGCUAACUUAGUGGUAUUGGAAUAUGAACAUUUCUGUUUCUUACAAUAACAGAAAUCACAUCUGGUUUAUAUGGAUAACUUAAAUCUAUAUUCCAGAACAUCGGCGAGCUCCUGGGUACUUUACACAAUUGUCAAAUUGACACUAUAUGCUUUGGGUAUUAUUACAAAAACUCAUACCACAAUUGUGUGUAUUUUCAUUGUAUUUUAAUUACAUGAUAAAUUUCUGUAUCAUUUAUCACGCAUACUUCAACAUUCUAUAAAUAGAACUGUCUAUUUACAUUGUACUUUAAUAUCAUGAUUAAUAUCUAUAAUAGAUGGUAUGCAUUCCUCUACAUUCGAUAAUUGGAACUUUAAAUUAAUUUGCUAUGUUUCGAGUAUUAUUACAAAAACACACACCACAUUUCUUUGUUUACAUUUUAACUACAUGAUAAUUAUUCGCAAACCUCCACUUUCUAUGAAUUGAUCUAUGAACAUAGUUGCAAUGCUUUGAGUAUUAUUACAUGAAACAUCAUACCACGUUUGUUUAUUCAACAUCACAAUAAAUUACACGAUAAAUACUUUGUACAAGUUUAUGCAUAGCUAACCUCUACAUUCUAUAAAAAUAAUUUUGCUUCGAGUAUUAUUACUUAAUCUCAUACCACAUUUGUUUGUUUACAAUGUGUAUGUUACAUGACAGAUAUUUGAAUAAGUACACGCAUACCUCUCCACUCUAUACUAAUUGAUAUACUUCGGUAUUAUUACAAAAACUCAUACCUCAUUUGUUUAUUUACAUUUUAACUACAUGAUAACUAUUCGCAUACCUCUACUUUCUAUGAAUUGAUCUAUGAACAUUGUUGCAAUGUUUUGAGUAUUAUUACAUGAAACAUACCACAUUUGUUUGUUUACAAUGUACAUAUAUGUAUUAGUACACGCAUACCUCUACACUCUAUGCUAAUUAAUACAAUUCGGGUAUUAUUAUAAAAGCUUAUAUUUCGUUUGUUUACUUACAUUGUAUUUUAUUACUCUUAUGUUUGUAGUAGUAAACGCAUACCUAGCGCAUUCCAUAAUAAAAGUGAAGCCGAAUGAUAUAUCAAAAUGCCCGUUCUCUACUUUAACAAUUCUUUAGUAUAUCUGCACUAAUUCAUACAUGUACAUGCGUGCUUAAUUCGCCCUGACUAUUUGUAUAUAUUCAACUAUGUUUUGGUUUGAUAGAGAAACGCUAUUUUGUAUCAAUGUGCAGAGUUGUAUACACUAUUGUAGUCAAUGUCUAGAUUUUUUUACAUUUACUGAAGUCGUUAAUUGUUUUUGUCAUGAAUAUUUAGAUUUACUGUACUCUUACCGAAAUUGAUGUAAGCUUUAUUAUCAGUGAUAUAAAACACCGUAUGCUUGAUAAUCGUUAAAAAAAUCAUACUGUGUUCAUUCAGGUGUCAUUAGCGGGUAUAGAGCAAAUGACAUCUUUAUUUUUCUUCAAGUGCACGUAUACGUGUACGUGCUAUAAAUGCACGUACUAAACACCGAACAUUACAAUUAACUGACAACAUGUAACCUUAAAGCGAACCUUAUAGCGAUAAGUAAUUACCUCCCUGACCAAAAUAGUAUACAUAAUUGUUACUAAUGAAUUUUUAUUUUUUUUCCUAGAGUGCACGUAUACGUGUACGUGCUGCAAAUACACGUAGUAAAUAAUGUACAUUAAAAUCAACUGAGUUAUCCCAUUACGAUAAUGAAUUAUCUCAUUGACCAAAAUUGUAUACAUAAUUGUUACAAAUGAAGUCCAAAUCAAAUGUCCGUGUAACAACAUAUUUACAUACUAUUUAUGUAUAAGAGCAUUAUUUAUAUCCGUGAGAAAACCGUAAAAGUAUUAAGAAGGGUUAGGUAACUGUGCGAUUUGCACGUUUACACAUUUAUCACAAAGUGUAAAAUGUAUGUCAACACUCCACAUGUAUUAGUAAACGUACAUGCAUGAAUGCCCCAAAAUCAUACAAAACAUCAACAAGUAAAUGAGUACCUUCAUAAUUCCAAAAAAAAAAAAAAAAGCAUUUUCCCUGUAUAAAUACCCAUUGCUUCCAUUUCUAACACACUCAGUAUAGUAGAUCGCUGAUAGUGUUAUAUUCAAAGAAAACUUUGGUCCAAGCUUAUUCAAUUAUUACACUUCAAACCUUGAACAGAUUUAUAUCCCUUCCUUAAGUUAAGAUAGAACUUACGUAUAAGAAUACCUAUAAAGUACACCUAGCUAGGACUUUAAAAUAGGUAUAUGUGUAUGAUUAGGUAAAAUAUAUGUAAAUAUGUUUAGAUGUAUAUUCAUAUACGUGUGUGUAUUAAAACCCUGAUCAAGAUUUGUCCGUGAUAUCCAUGCAGAUCGCGAAUAGUCAUAUAUUUAGAGAAAACUCUGAUCCAAGGGAGGCUAAUUCAAUUAUUUUACUUCUAACAUUGAACAGAUUUAUAUCCCUUCCUUGAGUUAAGAUAGAACUUACGUACAAGAAUACCUAUUAAGUACAUCUAGCUAUGAAUAUUUAGUAUAGGUAUAUUUGUAUGAUUAUGUAAAUAUAUGUAAAUAUGUACAGAUGUAUAUUUAUAUAUGUGUGUGUAUAAGAGCGAACGAAUAUGUUAUGUUUUUGAGAUAAUAUACAGUCGUCAAAUUGCU